CCCUCAGCACCGACUGCACAGCCUGAUCUCUGCUGUCAGCUCACAGCCUGAGGCAGAUCUGUGCACCGUAGCCCCCCCAUGUUGCAUUCAGGAUGAGGGAAACCAGGCUUGAUGUACGAGUGGUUCAUACUCUGAUGACUGCAUCCAGACCCUCUCAUCAUCUUUCUGUCUCCCCUUCCUUCCAGCACCAUGCCUUUACUACAUUUGUCAAGGACAACAUCCACAAGAGGGAAUGCUUCCUCUAUGAAAAAGGUGACAGAGAGGAUAUUUGUAGGUGCGGCUACUCAAAGACCGAUCAUGUGGAUGAAGCCAUCAAGCCAGAGGACUUCACAGACGAGUCGUGGGACAGACACAAACAUAUCCGCGAAGUGCCCAGCGAUGCUUUCGGAGACAUCAGUUUUGGUGGUUUGGGACAGACGACUGGCAAGUAUGUGCGAGUGUCCACAGACACCAGCCCAGAAAUCCUGUACCGGUUAUUGACCGAACAGUGGAAACUUUCUCCUCCCAACCUGCUGAUCUCAGUGACCGGAGGGGCCAAGAACUUCUAUCUGAAGUCCCGUCUCAAGAACAUGUUCCACAGAGGUCUCAUCAAAGUGACGCAGACAACAGGUGCAUGGAUCAUCACUGGCGGUACGCACGCAGGUGUGAUGAAGCAUGUAGGGCAGGCUGUGAGGGACUACUCCCUGAGCUCCAUGAAGGGCCAAAUCGUGGCUAUCGGUGUCGCAACGUGGGGAACAAUUCACAACAGGGAAACUUUGGUGCAUCCAGAGGGUCGUUUUCCAGCCCAAUAUGUGAUGGACGUCAAGGGCCAGGGCCGAUUCUCAUGCCUUGAUAACAACCACACCCAUUUCCUGCUAGUGGACGAUGGGACCAAUGGAAAUUACGGUGUGGAGAUUGAACUGCGCAGCCAGCUGGAAAAGUGCAUCUCCAGAAAGCGCCUUGGAAACAUAGAAAGUGGCGUCAACAUCCCUGUGGUGUGUGUGGUGUUGGAUGGAGGGCCAGGCACUCUAAAUACCAUCUAUAAUGCCAUGCUGAACGGUACACCUUGUGUGGUCUUGGAGGGCUCUGGGAGAAUAGCAGAUGUGAUCGCCCAGGUGGCAACACUGCCAGUGAAGCGGGUCACCAUCGCCCACAUCCACGAGUUAAUGCAAAAGUUCUUUGGCCCAGAGUAUGACAAGUUCUCCGACCGCAUGAUUUUAGAAUGGACCAAGAAGAUUCAGGACAUCAUCAGGAUGCCUCAUUUGCUGACAAUAUUCAGGAUAAGCGAAGACAAUCAUGUGGGCGUGGAUGUGGCUAUUCUUCAAGGACUACUGAAAGCCUCAAAGAUGAGCGAGUCACUGGGGAUGGAGUCCUGGAAGAGGCAGCUGGAGCUGGCUAUAGCCUGGAACAGAGUGGACAUAGCUGAGACUGAGAUCUUCACUGAGGAGAGCCAGUGGAAGUCCAGUGACCUCCACUGGGCCAUGUUCUCCGCCCUGGUUGGCAACAAGCCUCAGUUUGUGAGUCUGCUGCUGGAGAACGGUGUGAGUUUGAGGGAUUUCCUGGAUGAGGAGACUCUGUGCGAUCUCUACAAGCAGCUGCCCAGCUGCAUCUUUCUCCGCAAGCUGGCCAAGCGGGUCCACAGCUCCUACCGCCGGAAGAAAACGUUCCGCAGGCGUAGAGUUCACUCAGGGCCAGGCCAAAUGAUCUCCAUGACUCAUGUCUCUGAUGAGGUGCGCAAACUGCUGGGCAGUUUCACCAAGGCCUUGUACCCUGACCCUCCCUCCAACACGACAUACCACUGCAACAUGUUAAUGGAGGACACGUCUGUAUCACUGUCUAAAACUGAGACGGGUUCCAAAGCUUCUCUCAAGGAGGAGGAAGUUAAAGAUGAGAGGGACCCGGGCAGAGACCUUUUCCUUUGGGCUAUCCUCCAGAACAACAAGGAGCUGGCUGAGAUCGCCUGGGAGCAGUGUAGAGACUGCAUGUCUGCUGCUCUGGCUGCCAGCAAGAUCCUGAAGACGAUGGCAAAGGAAGGAAGUGAUGGUGACGAGGCAGCGGCCAUGAAGGAGCUCGCCGAUCACUAUGAGAAACACGCCAUGGGUGUGUUCAGCGAGUGCCAUAACUGCGACCAGGAGCGGGCUCAGAAGCUGCUGGUUCGUGCGUCUCCGUCCUGGGGGAAGACAACGUGCCUGAGGCUGGCUCUGGAGGCUGAUGAUAAAAGCUUUGUGGCUCAGUCAGGUGUUCAGGUUCUUCUGACACAGAUCUGGUGUGGGGAGCUUUCAGUGGAGAACCCUGUAUGGAGAGUUCUCAUCUGCAUGGUCUUCUCUCCACUUAUCUACACCGGCUUUCUGGUUUACAGACGUGAUGAAAUCCUCCAGAGAGAAGCUGAGAAAAACGAGGAAAUCAAGACAGUGGAGACAGUGACAGGAAGUACACUUCGAACUAAUUCUCGGCGUCUUGACCCCUCCAGCGAGCGGCUGAAGCCUCUGGGCCCCUGGUCCAGGCUGGUCUGCCUGCACAGCUCUCCGCAGGUCAAGUUUUACUGGAAUAUUGUCUUUUACUUUGCCUUCCUUUUCCUGUUUGCUGUGGUGCUGAUGAUCGACUUCCAGGAUACGCCCUCUGCUGGAGAGGUGCUGCUUUACAUCUGGCUCAUGUCUCUGGUGUGUGAGGAGGUCAGACAGCUGUUUUAUGAUCCUGAUGGCUUUGGGUUUCGUAAAAAAGCCAGGAUGUACUUAAACGAGCUGUGGAAUAUUCUAGAUGUUUUGUCCAUCCUGCUGUUUAUUAUCGGCCUCGCAUUUAGGCUGACGACUGAGCUGUUCUACGCGGGUAAAGUCCUCCUCUGCAUCGACUUCGUGGUCUUCUGCCUCCGUCUCAUGGCCAUCUUCACCAUCAGCAAAACCCUGGGACCCAAAAUCAUCAUCGUCAGGAAGAUGAUGAUGGACAUGUUCUUCUUCAUGUUCCUGCUGAGUAUCUGGGUGGUGGCGUACGGCGUGGCCAAACAAGGCAUCCUCAUCCACAACGACAAUCGCCUGGGCUGGAUUCUCCGUGGAGCAGUUUAUGAGCCGUACCUCAUCAUAUUUGGGGACGUUCCUGAUAAUAUUGAUUAUGCUGAAUUUGACAUAGAGAAGUGCACUAUGAAUGGCAGCGAUCCUCUGAAGCCCAAGUGUCCUGUGCUGAAUGAAAACCAAAUGCCGGCCUUCCCUGAGUGGCUCACCAUCAUCAUGCUUUGUAUUUACUUGCUCUUUGCCAACAUCCUGCUGCUCAACCUGCUAAUAGCCAUCUUCAACUUUACGUUCCAGGAGGUUCAGGACAACACAGACAGAAUAUGGAAGUUUCAGAGAUAUGAGCUGAUCAAGGAGUACCACAGCCGCCCUGCUGCGCCUCCUCCUUUCAUCAUCUUCAGCCAUCUUUACAUCUUCGUCAAGAACGUGGUGCUGUGCAGGCCCCCCUUAAGAAGCACAGACUUUAAGUGCGAGCUUCCUCCAUCGGAGGAAGAGGAGCUGUUGUCCUGGGAGGCCCUGAUGAAGGACAGAUACCUGCUGUCCACACAGGAGGAGCAGAGCCAGAGCAUGGAGCGACGCAUCAUGGACACGGCCCAAAAGGUUACCACCAUGAAUGAUCUAAUGGAGAGGGAAGAGGAGGAGCAAAGACUGGCUCGACUAGAGGACCAGGUCGUCCAGUCAGCCAGAGCCCUGCAGUGGAUUAUGGAAAGUCUGAAAUGUCGGGGUUUUGCUGCAAAUGAACCACCACCACUGAUUUUAGCUGGAUCAGACGAGUCCCCUGACACUUUGAGAAAUGCAGAAAAGGAGGACAGGUUCCACAUAAAAGCCCGUCAGUUCCACUAUCCCAACAGUAAAGAGACACGCUUCCCUGUGCCUGAGGAGAAGGUGCCAUGGGAGGUCAGCUUCAGCUCAUACAGGCCGGUUAAAUACGCCUCUGAAGACGGUGGGGACCAGAUGGACGGAUCAGAAUCAGAAGACCCAGAUAUUCACAGGAACCCAGAAGGACGGACGGGCAUGAUGGGGCGCGGUGCACUCAGCCGCUUCGGUCCAAAUCUGAAUGUAGAACUAGUGCUGACACGUUGGUGUGAUGGCAAGAGAUCUGUUUUGCAGCACCUGGUGGUUUGGGAUGAGAGCCAUGGGACCUUGACUUUACCCUCGGGACCUGCCGAAUCUGCUGAUGAGUUGCCAGGGUCUCUUAAGAAAACCAUGGGAAAGAAGAUUUAUGAAAUAAUAAAUGCAAAAGUAUCGGAGGGAACAAAGGUGUUGGAUAGUGUUUAUGUGGAUGACUGCAGGAACACAGAUAACGCCUGGGUGGAAACCACCCUCCUAAACAUUCACCUGGACAGAAUGGACCUGACGGUGAUGGACAUCGACAGUUUGGUGACGAGCAGCCACGGCGCUCUUCAGUGGCGUGAGGUGAGCGGCAAAACCCGACUCAGCCCAAACCAAAGAGAGUCCCUGCGUUACGUUGCAGAGCUGCACAACACGAAGUUCUGAAGUUCAACACUGCUGUAGCUGUAAAUGUGCCUUUCUGUCCAUCCACAGGGUUUAUCUGCCUGCUAAUGUGGCCUUUUGCGAAAGGGAAAGUUUGGAUUUAUUGACGUGGGGUUGUAUGAGGUACUUAUCCAGUCUUAGAUUAGACAGACUGUGCAUAAGUACCCCAUAAAACUCCAUUUUAAUAAAUGUGAAACCCUUAAAGCUGACUAUUUUUGUUGCACUAAAAGCACUUGAAACAAGCCAAAAUAAAUGCUGCUGCUGCUGCUGUGGAUUAUUAUUUUUUCAACAAUUUACACAAAUGUCACAGGACAUUUAUAACUUUAUUUCACACUGCACUGAACACUUCAUGCAUGUGGAAGCAGUCGAAUGUGUGAACACUGAGAGUAAAUAAAUCUUCACAUGAGUAUUUCCAUUUUAUGCUCCUUCUAAAGACAUCUAUCAGACAGUAUAGUUACUCAUUACUUUUCCACACAAAACAUACAAAUGUGAGCCAUCAUAUUACUGUGUAUAAAAUAAUGCAUUGUUCUGGAUUAAAAUGCCACUUUAUGACACUAUAUUUAGUACUAAUGUCCAGCUCAGCCAGCUGCAAUAUCAAAACAUCACUUACAAGGUAUCAUCAUCAUAAUAAUCAAUCAAUACAUCAGUAAAUAAUAAUGCAAUAACAUGACUUACAGUAUACAAUCAUUUGAACGUCUGAGAGGCACUGCAUUGUUAAGACUGUUAUUUUUGAUAUUUUGGUGCUAAUAUGUCUAUACUUUUACCUGAUUAAAGAUUUAAAUGGAAUGGUUGUAAUGGAUUAUUUUCUUUAUUUGGUGCUGAAUUUAUUUGAGGAGACAGUAUUUCUUCCAUCACUAAAUAUGCUCA